GUCUUUAUGGACCAGUAGGCAGAGCGAAAUUGACGCUGACAAGACUUUUGCAUCUUGGAAGGGACUGUAAUCUACUGUAGUGAAGAACAGAGCCUCUCAAUCAGACGGGUGUAAAUAAGAGACGGAGGGGAGUCCAAAAGAAAAGGAAGAGGAGGAAAAACAAGUGUGUGUUGGGGGGAACAGGGGGAAAAGCAUUUUUGGUGGAUGGUAUGAAGCCAGCCAUGGAAACUGCAGCCGAGGAAAAUACUGAACAAAGCCAAGAGAGAAAAGUGAACAGCAGAGCUGAAAUGGAAAUUGGCAGGUACCACUGGAUGUACCCAGGCUCAAAGAACCACCAGUACCAUCCCGUGCCAACCCUGGGGGACAGGGCUAGCCCCUUGAGCAGUCCAGGCUGCUUUGAAUGCUGCAUCAAGUGUCUGGGAGGAGUCCCCUACGCCUCCCUGGUGGCCACCAUCCUCUGCUUCUCCGGGGUGGCCUUGUUCUGCGGCUGUGGGCAUGUGGCUCUCGCAGGCACCGUGGCGAUUCUUGAGCAACACUUCUCCACCAACGCCAGUGACCAUGCCUUGCUGAGCGAGGUGAUACAACUGAUGCAGUAUGUCAUCUAUGGAAUUGCGUCCUUUUUCUUCUUGUAUGGGAUCAUUCUGUUGGCAGAAGGCUUUUACACCACAAGUGCAGUGAAAGAACUGCACGGUGAGUUUAAAACAACCGCCUGUGGCCGAUGCAUCAGUGGAAUGUUCGUUUUCCUCACCUAUGUGCUUGGAGUGGCCUGGCUGGGCGUGUUUGGUUUCUCAGCGGUGCCCGUGUUUAUGUUCUACAACAUAUGGUCAACUUGUGAAGUCAUCAAGUCACCGCAGACCAACGGGACCACGGGUGUGGAGCAGAUCUGUGUGGAUAUCCGACAAUACGGUAUCAUUCCUUGGAAUGCUUUCCCGGGAAAAAUAUGCGGCUCUGCCCUGGAGAACAUCUGCAACACAAACGAGUUCUACAUGUCCUAUCACCUGUUCAUUGUGGCCUGUGCAGGAGCUGGUGCCACCGUCAUUGCCCUGAUCCACUUCCUCAUGAUACUGUCUUCUAACUGGGCUUACUUAAAGGAUGCGAGCAAAAUGCAGGCUUACCAGGAUAUCAAAGCAAAGGAAGAACAGGAACUGCAAGAUAUCCAGUCUCGGUCAAAAGAACAACUCAAUUCUUACACAUAAAUAUUUGCCAGAGUGUUUCGACCGACGUAUUUACAGCUCUGACAAAUCAUCAGACAGCUGCUCUGCAGUACAGAUGUGUAUCCCACCAAACUAAUGUAGAUGUACAAACACUUCACUGUCUGUCUCAAGCUGCUGGGAUGUAUCUCUAGGAAAACCUUCCAGUGGGUAAAUCUUUUUCUUUAGAACAAAUAUUGGAGGUUUCAUGUUAGCCAUUUUAAAAGGCAACACUUUGACAAAAUGAUCGUUCAUACUUUGGGAAUCUGUGGUGGCAUGUUCACAUUUAUUGCUAGGGCAAUUCUACCAAGACACUAAUGGAAUAUGUCACACCCCUUGAUAGGGACCUGUGACAUGCCAGCAUCAAGGGAUAACACCAUAAAUUCACAUAUAUGCCAUCUGUCCUCAAAUAAGUGUUAUCUACAUAGGAAAUAAAAUGGAAUUGAUGUAAUGUUCCAUUUCUGACAGCUGACAUUUAUUAAGCUUUGGAUCAAAGAUAAUGUGAUUCUUAUGACUGACUUUUCAAAUUAGCUUUUCCCUCCCAAGUCCAGGACCCUUUAAUUUCCUGAGUCAAUCAGAAAUAUAUUUUUCAAUAAUGCUAAAAUUAGCUACAAUUCUGCUGACCCUACUAUUAAAGAAUCUGGAUUCUGGACUCAUUGACAAGCUUUCCAGAAGCAAUUUUGUAACAGAUUUCAUAUUAACAAAAUACUGAUUCAAUUUUCAUUAUUCUUGGGAAAUGUCAGCUCUGCCUUAAUGAGUAUUUGCUUUAAAUUUCUAAGAAUUUAUAUCAUAACUAGAGACCCAAAUAUCUUUCACAGAAUUUUGUUCCAUAAAUGUUUUUAAUUAAGAAGUGUUACCUUAUUAAAAUGACCACCAUUCUAAACCAUUUUUCAGUGGUCUGGAUACUAAGUUUACAGUUUCAUACCAACUAUCUAAAACCUAAUUGCAAAUUGACCACAGACCUCUAACCUCCUGCUUUUACAGACUUGAAUACUUAAGUAAUUUAAAUUAGGGUUGGUAUUUCAUUUUUUCUUAUCUAAAUCUUAGUUUCCUGGAAUAAUAAAGUUUGAUGUUCAGCAAGAAAACUGCUUGAGUUUAAGCCAUUUUCAAAAGAAACUUGCCUUCUACAUUAUUGUGUUCCAGAACAUUAAGUGACUGUAGGUACUGGGUAUUAGUGAUGGUAAACUUUGUGUUGUUCUUUAUGAAAUGAUUCAUAUUAACUGUUGGGUGCAUCAGUGCUUUUCAAAGGGGCUGCUUACUAUAGGGUUAACUAUGUAUAUUCAUUGUUAAGAGUUAACUUGUGGUUUGGCUGUUUCCUGGAUUUUAUAACAUAUACAUGUGCAGAAAUGUAUUCAAAUGAAAGGAAGCAUACCUUUAUUAAGAUGCUAUUAAAAUUGAACAUCAAGUAUAAUAUUUCAUUUGGAUUCUUUUUUUGGUUAAUGCCUAAAAAUGCCUAUUUGGGAUUUUUUUUUUUUUAAUUAAGAGAAGCUCUCUUCUGUGUAGAACAGUUGUUCCAAAAUAGCUUAGUGUUUUGUUUUCCUGUUGCAUGACAGAUUUAACUAUUAUUUCCAGCAGUGGAGGUGCUGUCAGAGUCCAGUGUUCUAGAAGAGGCAGUGUCUAAAGCCUAAUUUUACUUUUCUAAUUCUGGUAGCUAUUACCAGGAAUUUUUGGAAGUUUUGUUUAAGUAGUCUAAUAUUUUUUAUGUAAAGAGCAUUAAAUUUUGCUAUGUAUAAAUUUUUGUAACCUAACAGUGAAUCAAUAUUUUCUAUCAGUGCCAAGGGCUUCCUGUAGUUCUAUUCAAGUGUUACAAUAAAUAUUUGUAGAUAAUAGUCAAUACUUGUGUAUGCUUAUUUUAAAGAUUUAGGUGGAAAUAGUUGUGGAUGUACUAAGAGUAAUGAAAUAAAAUUAUAGCUUCA